AUGCGUUUAUAGAAAUUAACAACGAGAAAAAAUGAAUAAAACAUCACAUAAUAUAGAAACCGGAUCAUAUUUAGAUAUAAACAGAUUUAAUUAUUAAAAAAUCAAAAAGCCUUUUAAUUAUUCAAUAGUAAAACAAACGGAAAUAAUUUAAGAAAAAAAAACACUAAUAGCGCAUUAAUUAAUAAAAUAAAAGAAAAUAUAAAUUAUAAAUGUAUAGAUAACCCAAUAAUAUAUGAAAAUUAUGAUUUAAAAGUAAUUAAAAUUCCAAAACCUUCAGGAACAUCUAAAAGCCAAACAAAACGAUUUUAAAUAAAUGAUGUUGAAAUACCUGGUUCUGGAAAACAUAACAUAGGAAAUUUUUUAUAUAAAAAAAACUUAAAGGAUUAUCCAAGAACAUAAAAAAAGUAAAUUUCAUUAAUUAACAAACUUAUGUUAAAAAAUAGAUAUUCAAAUAUUCCUUCUAUUCCUGGAAAAUAAUAAUAAUACGGUUAUACAGUAAACGAAAAUAAUGAAUUGAAAUUAAAUAAAUCAAAAGAAAGUGUAGGCUAUUAUUAUUAAUAAAAUGUUUUUGAAAACAAAAGAAAAAGAGGAGUUUCAUGGAAUAAUUAAAAUAGAACAAUGUCCUUGAAAUAAAAUGACCAAAAUUCUUCUUUGGGGCCUGGAAGUUAUGAUAUUUUGAAUAUUGGAGAUAAUAAACCAUUAUAUAAAUUAAAAUAAAGUGCUUCAUUUAUUUCAAAAUCUAUAAAAGUAUAACGAAAAGGAGAAAAAAAAUAAUAAUUUAUAAAAUAAUAAGACCAAAAAACAAUUGAAUUUUUUUAAAAAUAUGAUUUAAAUGUAACUAAUUUUAGUGAUUCAGAAUAUGAAUAUAUUGAAGAUGCUACUCCAGGACCUGGAAGUUAUUUAAAUUAAACUUAAAUAAGUUCAAUGAAAACAACAGUAAAAUAAGAAAAAUUUUAAUACUUUGGCUCUAAAUAAUAAAGAUUUAAAAGUUAAAAAUUAUAUACUUAAUUAGGUCCAGGAGAUUUUAAUCCAAAUGAUUUUAUUAAAUUUAAUGCAUAAAAAAAAACUUUUAAUUAAAAAAAAACACCCUUUAAUUCUAAAAGUAUACGUUUUGAUAAUAAACAAGAUUAGGACAUAAAACCUGCUCCAGGAUAAUAUGAUUAUAAAAAUACAGGUACAAAGGCAACUUUGGGUCUUCAUAAUAAAGAUUUAAACAUAUAUAUGAUGAAAACAAAACAGUAUAUUCCAGCCCCAGGUAGCUAUAAUGUAGAUAUUUAUGAUAUUAGUAGCAAGUUUAAAAAAGAUGAAGAAUAUGACACUGAAUUAGCAAUAAAAAGGCCUGGAUUUCUUACUGGAGAAGCUCGAUUUAAGGAAAUAUAAAGAAAUUAAAGUAAAUUGCUUUUUUCAUUUUUUUUAGACAAUAUCAUUAAAAAAAUAUAGAUUUUUAAUAGAAAGAAACUUAUAUUAAUUGUUAAUAUCUGA